UUGAUAAGGACGAUCAAUUAUUCAAAGUGAAGUGUUGAAUCAUGUUAUUUUAAUUCCGUAUUUCAAUGUUCCAAUUAUAUUUUAACGUAAUUUCAUUUUGAUGCUCGUCAUAAAUUCGUUGAUUUGUUCAAGGAUAAUUCUACAUAAUCAUCACAUUAGCCCAGUUCGAAGAUGGCAGAUUCGAAUGAAAAUGUUCUAACCACAUUGAAAAUUCUCAUCAUUGGCGAAAGCAGCGUUGGAAAAUCAAGCCUACUGUUGAGAUUUAUUCACGAUCGAUUUGACGAUGAUUUGGGGUUAACAAUUGGAGUCGAUUUUAAAACCAAAACUGUUAUGAUAGAUGGCCAAGCUGUGAAAUUAGCCAUAUGGGAUACAGCCGGACAAGAACGAUUUAGAACCCUAACACCUAGUUAUUACAGAGAUGCUCAAGGAGCUGUGUUAGUUUACGAUGUAACCGAUCGCGCAAGUUUUAUUAAAUUAGAAUCAUGGCUCAAUGAAUUAGAAAUGUACUCUACCAGAAGUGGUAUUGUGAAAAUGAUCGUAGGAAAUAAAAUAGAUAAAGGAGAAAGAGCAGUUUCAAGAGACGAAGGUAAACAGUUUGCUAGAAGGCAUAAGACGUUAUUUAUUGAAGCCAGUGCUAAAACAAAAGAUGGUGUACAAUUCGCUUUCGAAGAUCUGGUACAAAAGAUCAUCGAAACGCCUAAUCUUUGGGAAGCCAAUAAAGCUGAGAGACAAACUCAUACACUGAAUGACACAAAUGACUCAUCGCAAGAUCAGAAAUGCUGUUCGUGGUUUUAAUUUUUAAAAAAAGGAAUAACGAAAUACUUUGAUUUUUUUCUACUUUUCUUAACUAAACCAUUUUAUUACGUGUCGCACAUGUCGUUAACAUUCUUUUUUUGUUUUUUAUAAUGAUCGUAAAAUGAUAUUUUAUUCCUUUCUAUCGCGCUUAUAGUUUCGCAUUCGUGAGAUGUAAGAAUAAUCACAUUUUCGAAUUUUUAAUUAACGUUGUUGUACGUUAAAAUGUAUUUUAGAAGAAAUACUACGUUAAUUGUUACGAGAUAAUACGAAUUGAUCGCAGCUUGUUACUAUUUUCAGAUAACAUAUCGAGCCUUAUUUUAUUCAAAGAAAUAUAGGCUUAUCGAAUCGUAGAAUUUUUUUUCAUGUUUCUAAGUGCCUUCACUUUUUAUUUAUCAAUCUGGUGAACGAAUUUUUUACCUACAUGAUUUUCUUUAUUUUAUAUGUACUAUUUAUUUUCGUAAAUUUAUAUCACAUUGUGAUGCGUUAUUUUGUAAGCCAAUUUGUAAAUAUUUUUUUGUUGUAUUCGAGCUUUAAUCGUUGUCGCAACCGCGAAGAAAUGGUUGUUUACUGCGCGUAUUUUCUAUGAAGUAUUUUAACUUUCAAUAAAUAUUGAUUCAUCCGU